UCUGCUCAGUAAGCAGGUGGCAGUGCAGCAGCUGCUCCGCCUCCAGUGUCUCCUGGUUUCUUGGGGAUGGAAGGCGAAACAGACAGUCCAGGUCCAGCUUCCUGAAGCUCCAGGCCAUCCAGCUCUUCUGUGGGGAGCAGCCCGGGAACCGUCAUGGCGCAAGGGUUGGAGGUGGCCCUCAUAGACCUCCAGAGCUCCUGGAACAAUGUGCGGCACCACACUGAGGAGAUCAGCUCUGAGCGCCUCCUUGUUCGCCGGGGCCAGGCCUUCAACAUCACUCUGUACUUCAGAAACCGGGGCUUCCAGCCAGCCCUAGACAACCUCAUCUUCGUGGUGGAGACUGGACCGCUGCCAGACCUGGCCAAGGGGACCCGAGCCAUAUUCAGCCUGGCAAGUCGCCAUGGGCCCAGCCCCUGGAUAGCCUCGCUGGAAACCAACGGGGCAGCCUCCCUGGAGGUGAGCCUGUGUGCCCCUCCCACGGCAGCUGUCGGUCGAUACCUCUUGAAGGUUCACCUCAAUUCCUUCCAGGGGUCUGUCAUGGCCUACCAGCUUGGGGAGUUCAUUCUGCUCUUCAAUCCCUGGUGCCCAGAGGACGCUGUCUACCUGGACAGUGAGCCCCAGAGGCAGGAGUAUGUCGUGAAUGAUUACGGCUUCAUCUACCAAGGGAACAAGAACUGGAUCCGCCCAUGCCCCUGGAACUACGGACAGUUUGAAGAGAAUAUCAUAGACAUCUGCCUGGAGCUGCUAGACAAGAGCCUGCACUUCCAGAUCGACCCAGCCAUAGACUGUGCCCUGCGGGGAAGCCCCGUCUACCUCAGCAGAGUGGUGUGCGCCAUGAUCAAUAGCAACGAUGACAAUGGGGUGCUCAAUGGAAACUGGAGUGAGAAUUACUUUGAUGGCAUCAACCCUGCAGAGUGGACUGGCAGCGUGGCCAUCUUGAAACAGUGGCAUGCCACAGGCUGCCAGCCCGUGCGCUACGGGCAGUGCUGGGUCUUUGCCGCUGUCAUGUGCACAGUGAUGCGGUGCCUGGGGAUCCCCACCCGUGUGAUCACCAACUUUGACUCUGGCCACGACACGGAUGGAAACUUGAUCAUAGAUGAGUAUUACGACAACACAGGCAGGAUUUUGGAGAAUAAGAAGAAGGACACUGUCUGGAAUUUCCAUGUCUGGAAUGAGUGCUGGAUGGCCCGAAAGGACAUCCCUCCCGGAUACGGAGGCUGGCAGGUGCUGGAUGCCACACCCCAGGAGACGAGCAACGGCCUCUACUGCUGCGGCCCCGCCUCGGUCAGAGCCAUCAAAGAGGGGGAGGUGGACCUGAACUACGACACGGCCUUUGCCUUUUCCAUGGUGAAUGCUGACUGCAUGUCUUGGCUUGUCUACGGAGGGAAGGAGCAGAAACUUCACCAGGACACAAAUUCUGUUGGCAAUUUUAUCAGCACCAAGAGCAUCCAGAGUGAUGAGCGGGAUGACAUUACCGAGAACUACAAGUACCCAGAAGGCUCCCCACAGGAGAGGGAGGUGUUUCUGAAGGCUCUUCUGAAGCUGAAGGCUGGAAGGUCCCCAGGCUCCCACCGAGCGGCCUCACAACCUUCCAGGCCCAGGUCCCUGAGCGGGGAUGGUCCUCGGAGCCUGGAUACACCUUCCCUUCGGCCUAGUGAUGUUGUCCAGGUCUCCAUGAAAUUCCAGCUGCUCGACCCACCCAACAUGGGCCAGGACAUAAGGUUUGUCCUGCUGACCCUCAACAUGUCACUCCAGUUCAAGGACCUCAAAGUGAACUUGAGUGCUCAGUCUCUGCUGCAUGAUGGCAGCCCCCUGCCCCCGUUCUGGCAGGACACAGCCUUCAUCACACUCUCUCCUGAAGAAGCAAAGACCUAUCCCUGCAAAAUCCCCUAUUCCCAGUACAGCCAGUACCUGUCAACAGACAAGCUGAUCCGCAUCAGUGCCCUGGGCGAAGAGAAGAGCAGUCCUGAGAAGAUCCUGGUGAACAAGAUCAUCACCUUAGCCUAUCCAGGCAUCAUGAUUAAUGUUCUAGGAGAAGCCGUUGUGAACCAGCCGCUCUCCAUACAGGUGAUAUUUUCAAAUCCACUCUUGGAGCCGGUUGCAGACUGUGAGCUGACUGUGGAAGGAAGCGGUCUUUUCAAGAAACAACAAAGAGUCCUCAUUGGAGUUCUCAAACCACAACACAGAGCCAGCAUCACUCUGGAGACUGUCCCCUUCAAGAGUGGCCAAAGGCAGAUCCAAGCCAAUCUGAGGAGCAACAAGUUUAAGGACAUCAAGGGUUACAGGAACAUCUAUGUAGACUCCAGGUUAUAAAUUCUGGGACUAGGAGCUGGACGCAUAGAUUUUAAGCUUAAGGAAAAGGAGCAAGUUCGAAUGCAAACUAUGCCAUUCUCCACUACAACAGAGGCUUUGCAGGGCUCCAGUGUGAGCAGAAGAGGAGAUGCCGGCAAUGGAUGGUCUCCGGGCCAUUUGCACGACUCCACAGGACUCUGUUGAGGUCCCAGUGAUUCCAUGGUGUCCCAUCCAGAAGUGUGACAUGACACUGAGGUCUAAGAACACUGGAUGGACUUGGCCAAGACUUACUGCCCCCUGAUGUCAAAAAAAGAAGACUGGCUGAUCAGCUCACUGUCAUUUUGUCAUUGCAAUGGCUAAUACCCUAGUACCAAUAAACUUCAAUCCUUGUUCUCA